AUGGAUCCUUUGAUACAUGGAUCUUCCACAGGCACCAAGGCUGCACUCUUGGGUAUGGAUAUAGCGAAGGGACUAAGCUAUCUCCAUGAGGAAUGCAGCCAAGUUGUAACAAGGAGGAAGGGAACACCAGGCUAUUUGGCUCCUGAAUGGGUGAACUCAAUUAUCACUGAGAAAGUAGAUGUCUAUAGCUUUGGUGUCGUGGUCUUGGAAAUCUUGUAUGGGCGCAAAAAUUUGGAUAGGUCUCAGCCUGAGGAAGAUAUGCAUUUACUAAGUCUAUUUAAGAGGAAAGUAGAAGAGAAACAGCUUCUGAAUAUCGUUGAUAAAUACAAUGAUGACAUGCAAAUACAUAGAGAAGAAGUUGUGGAGAUGAUGAGGGUUGCUGUGUGGUGUCUACAAAGUGAUUUUUCUAGGAGGCCUUGA